AUGAGAUUCAAGCAGAUUUGGACCGCCUUUCCCCUCCCUGCUAAGCUCAAGCUCUUCUGGGAGCGAGUAACUUUCUCUCGUAUAACCAAACUCUACUUCCUCUUCUCCGUCCUCCACUGUCUGGUGCAAGUCGUGUUCCAGAUCCAGGCCUUCACUAUCAAUGCCCGAGCCGCCGAUUUCUUAUGGCAUCUUGUUACGCAAGCGGAUGCUCGAGACCCAGGUUUCGCAGUCUUUGGAGACGAUGAACUUCGUUUCUGUGAGACUGUACCUGAUAGCUUCUUGAUCUCGAGUUGUCAGCAGAUCUGGGCUGCUUCGAAUGUGAAGACCAACUCUUCCGCAGUCUCUGGUGCUAUCCCAAGCAGUGAUGCAGAAGAAAGCCAGUUAUCGACGCAGACUUUGUCCAGUGCGAGUUUAGCGUUUGCAACAACAGAUAGCUUACUUUCCACUACUGCGACUUCAGCCGCUGCAGAAACUUCAUCGGCGACUAGCUCGCUUUCAUCGAGUGUCUCGUCGACAAGCACCACCUCGUCUACGAGUAGCUCGACAGUAGCUCUACCUGCUGCGUCGAAGGACGACUCAUCGGUAGUUGCACCUGCCGCAUCUGCUCCUUCUGCUCCUGUUCCUUCUGUUCCUGUUCCUUCGGCUUCGGCUGUUGCUCCUCCCGCUCUUCCUUCCCCCUCUACUCCUGCACCUGCCGCGCCGAGCAUUGCAGUAGGGAACGCGGGAAAGAAGGGAGGAGACGACGGAGACGACGACGACGAUGAGGACGAUGACAAGAGCGAUGACGAGAGUGAUGCAGGAAGCGAUGUGUCCGAUGACGAUGAGCUUGAAAAGAGGGACAAUUUGGGUUUCCGAAUCACAGCUGUGAAUACAAAUGGGUCUGCGCAAGUUGUAAUCAACGGGUUUGGUUUCAAUAACGAGCAAGUGGAACUUUCACGCCGGUGCUUGUAUACAUUGAACUGGCCUGUUGAAAAGCUCGAUAAUACGAAGCGAGAAGACAUCACCUUCAUUGCAUUCCAGUUCUGGGUGCUUGGGAUGUCUAUUGUCGCUAUAUUAAACGAGUCAAUUCCUCACAUUAUUGCUUCGCUCGUGACCCAUGUUCUGGCCACGAUAUGGGGAGGCCUUCAGAUCAACCAUACGGAGGAAUUCCGACGCCAGUUCAAUGAGCUUACGACCCAAGGUGCUUGCGAUGGAGUUAAUCUCCUUCGAAAUUAUUGGAAAGCUCGUGGUGAUCCUGAAAUCGCAAGCUUGGUCCUCAAUGGUGUUGCACUGAUCCUGUCUGCCAUUCUUUCCUGGAGAUUGUUCAAGGCUUUCGGAUGGCAAACCUUCAAACGUGUCGGAGCGUCAAGGACCAUCAAUCGUAUUUACAAGCUGGUGUUGACUCUUUCCAUUGCAAUCCAACUCUCGCUCUUCUUCAUCGUUGUGUCCAUUGCACUUUGGAUUGAUUCGCUCUGCAAUGGAGCCGUUGGGCGUCUUUCCACGAACCCGACGUUGCUCAAGGGAUUGAUGGUUGCUGUUAUAGUGCUUUUGGUGCCAUGGCUCACAUUGGGAUGGAUUGCCGUUCGUCGUGAAUUGCGUCUUGCGAUGACAAUAUUUCUUGUUUUGUCAUUCGGCUACCUGGGUGGAUGGGGUGCAAUGUUCAUUUCCCCAACUUUCCGCUGGACUAUUAAGCUUUGGCAAUUUUUCAUGCUCAUGACAUUGGCAUCUGUCAUACUGACUUUGCUGACGCUGGUAUUGGGUAUUCUAUGCCGAAUCAAUUUCGGAAAGGGCCUUCCUCGCUAUCUUAAUGCUGAGGAGCCCUUACCGGAUAAUUUUGAGCCUGUUGUCGCAAAAGGGCAAAUGUAUGACGACGAAGAGAAGGUCGAGUUCCCCUCAGGUCGUGCCGCAUUGCCAACAUUCUCUGUUGCUUUUGCGAUGGAUGUUCCUCCAAGCCAGAUGAAGUUCAGUCCUCCACGUCUUGGUCCGCGGUUCACCAACCCCUCGAUCGAGCCGUUCGAGUCCUCAACGGAAGACUCGGCUUCUCAGAGGACGACUGAUUCCGGUUAUCGCACCCAGACGACAUACUCUCGAGAGACAUACCAGAGGGAGACGCCGUCAGACGCAGGACCAUUUGCUGAUCAACGUCAGUUAUCGCGCCAGACAUCAGUCGGAAGCCAGAGGAGCUACUCAAGCCAUUCAAGUGACAAGUCUCAUGGAUCAAACCACAGCUACGGAUCGUACUCGACCACGACUAGCUCCAGAGGACGAAACGAUCCAUUCUCAAACCGUUGGAUGAUCGAAUGA